AGGAUUGCAGUUUUAUGAUCCUUGGCAUGACUGCUGAGGCACGCGACGACCCUAAGAUGAGAGAGAUCUCAACACAAGUCCACAAAGGAGUGUCAAAUUGCAUUGAAUCUCAAUUUGCUGGUCUUGAUCAUGGAAUUGGCGUGGCAAUAGAAACAAACUGGAAAAUGGCAGCCAUGAACUACGCUGAACAGGAUGUUUUACGCGAUUGUGUGCGGAUGAGAAGACAGAUUCCGAAAAAUCUCUCCAGGGCAAUAUUGGCUGUGCCUAAAAGCGGGGCUGUUGGAGAGAAGGAUUUGGAGUUUCUCAGCCACUUGUUGAACCUGGACCUCACACUUCACCCUUGGAAUAACUGGAAACUGGCUGGGGACAAGGUCAUGAAAAUAAGUGAAAAACUUGCAAAAUCAGAGAUUCCCCUGAUGAAAGUGUCCAACCUGCCUACUGAAGCAGAACUGUUUGUGUCUGAGAAGUCAAGACUCAUGGACUUGGCCGUUCUUUGGGGACAUGGGUUGAAGUUGAAGGCAAACAUUGGAGGCUCUGAAGAGGAACUCAUUUCCACUGAUUUUAAUUGGCUGAUGGAAAUUGUCAACAAGCUGUUGACUGCUCCUGCUCCAAGAUCAUGUGACCUUUGUUGCCUAGGCGAUAAGGUGCCUUGCUGGACGGAAAACGAUGUGAUGAAGAUGUUACCUGAGAAUACAACAGAAGCGAAGACACUUCUGCUUGAGAUGCUGAAGGAGAAGGGAUAUUUAUUGACAUUUCCCAUUGAUGUGUGGUCCUCCAUGAAGGAUGUAUCGUUCGUGUAUGUACGAUAUUCCGACCUGCCUAAGGCUGCCCCAGAACUGAUGAAGCAGUACUGGCCAGACAAUGACAAUAUCGGGCCCAGGGUUAAACAGAAGGAGAAAUUCUACUUCUGUGCUCCAGGCCUCCCUCAGACAUUCUUUGCAACUCUGCUUCGGGAGAUGUUUGCCCUUGGACCACCAACUCUUGCUUGGCAGACGGGAGCCCUGUUCCUGAGAACAUACCUGACUGUACUAGUGGAGAUAUACCCACAUGUCUCAGACAAGUACCAAGUUAUCGUGCUACAGAUUCGGGGCAAUGCCAGUUCAUCCACAUUUCCACAAGACCCCCUGUGGACAACCCUGAAGCUGUACUCCAACAUUAUAGACAUGAUGAUGAUGAUUAACACCAUUCCUGCAGUGAAAGCAGUAAUGUGCAGUAAAUGUAAGGACAAGUCAUCUGCAGAAGAACUAUUGUCCAAGUUUGUCAACUGGAAGGGACACUUCCUCAUGGAGUUUCUGGUACGCGAGGAACACCACCUCCGAUGUGGGAUAUGUAAGGCACAGCCUAAACGAGAUGCCGAGAUAGGGCCUGCCCUAUCAACAGCUGACCUUGUGCCUAACCAUGACCAGAAAGGCUGCGCCCUGGGGACAACCAACCCCCUAAAUCGAUGCCUUAUGUGCCAGAACUGUGCGGUAGAUGGGGUCAGGUGUAACGUCAACCUGAAACAUGGCAUCAAAAACUGGCACUGUGACUGUGACCGGGAGGCCAAACUCUGCUCAUACUGUGGCAUGUGCCAGCGGUGUUUCUUGGCCAUCAAGAAAACUGCUGCAAUUCUGGAGCCAAAAUUUGACCCGUUAAGCAAGGGCAGCUACGCCCAGGAUCAGAUGAUCGCUGAUGACAAGGUCAAGGUCACUGAGAAGGGCAGCAUGUAUGGCUUCAUUGAAGUGGAUACGAUAAAAACACUGGACAGGAGUGUGCUCACCCCGAAUUAUUCCCCGAACAUGGAAGUAACACUACUCAGCGAGGGGUUCUUUGGUCUCGAUCUGGCAGCGUGGGAAAGAAGAGGCCAGGGCCCCAUUGGAGUUCACUACUACAGCAAGAGCGGAGUGUCAAAGACAAAUAUCAAGGGCGUGGACAAAGUUGGUACUCCAAUGCCAUGCAAUCAUGGUGACACUAUUUCCAUCGCCCUAAGAUACAAAGAGAUGGAUGCACUGUCAAAAGCCAAUGAAACUGGCAAUCAGGAACUAUUUGAAAACAUGCAGUUAACCUUGAAACUGAACGGGACUACUUUCUUUGAGCUUGAUCUUGGGGCUACUCAGGUUACCGUGACGAUAUGCAACAACGAAUCAGAGAGCGUCUUUCUUCAGGUUCAAACACCAGGAAAGUUCACCCCUCCAGAAAGAAAGCCCUCAAAGGACAAAAGCUGUGGGCCAGUGGUGGCUAACCUACCUUGUUCUGUUGAAAUGAAGUUGAUCAAUCUACUUGAUGGAAUGGAGUUUGUGUGUUUUGGUGGAAAGGGCAUCAGUCUGUCAGGGUCACCUUGUGUUGUGAUGCCAGAGGAGAAAACACUGGGAAUGCUCAAGCACCCUACUUGGUCCACAUAUAAAGAUGUACGCAUUCAUCAUAUGUGUCUCACAUGGAAUGCCAGCUUGUCGAAGAAGACAGUCCUUGGACCCUCCUCUCACAAGGAAACACCCUCCCAGCUUCCACCUUUUGGUGACCGAAUCAAAAGUGGAGAAUGGGCCAUGUCCAAACUAGUCCAUCUCAUUGACAAUGAAGGUAUAAAUCCGGUGGGAACCACAUUUGAUGUAGAGAACAAUGCUUUUCUGAUGUGUGUCUGGCAGUUUAUUCUGACAACGUAUCCAGAGAUCUUGCUGCCAGAAACAACUGACCAACUUUUAGGUCCUGGCAUUGUGAAUGAACACAAUAUAGAUCAGGUAAAGGAAGGCCUAAGACAUCUUCUUAAGGCUGGUAUGUGGCUCCACUACUCCAGGAUCGACCUAGACCACCUGAGAAAAUCUUUCGCCGUGCAAGGGUCUGGGGGAAAAAUCUUCAAAGGGGAAUUCUUGACAACUAAGAACGAGCUGGUUAGGACAUCGACAGAAUCACAGGAAAUAAGCCAGGAUUACUUUGAGAAAACAGGCUACAUGGUGGUGACAAGCAAAUUUAACCGAAAUCUUGAGCUGUACCUCUGUCCGGGCCACAAACACACUAUGAUCAAUAAGACCGGGCUGGAAGAAAUUCCCAAGAAUUUGUACGGGAAGUACUCCCUUUUCGUCACGUUUAUUGACCUUCAACACAACGAUUUGACACACCUUCCCAAAGAGUUUUUUGAGAAUCUGCCGAAUGUGACGCACAUCGCUGUUGGCCAUAAUUUCAUCCAAAAUCUUCCAAGUACCAUUGGUUGCUGCAAGAAGCUGUUAUCCCUACAAAUCCACGAAAACAACAUUUCCAAGUUGCCUGAUACAUUUGCCGAUCUAAAGCUACUGCAGACUCUUGAUAUCGGCAACAACUGCUUUCCAGAGUUUCCCCCCAUGAUAACCAAGAUUACCUCCCUUACAAGACUGCUUCUACACAAUUCUUUCUUCACAGACUUACCGGAAGAUAUUGGAAACCUGAAGAACUUGAGGCAGCUCCAUUUCCAGGGCAACUGUCUCUCAAAAUUACCAGAAAGCUUCAGAGAACUAGAGUCAUUGGAGGAACUCAUUUUGAGUGGAGUACACUGGAUCUACCUGCCCAGCAACAAAGAAACGAUUACCAGAUCCAGCUUCAAGUUUACCAUACGUAAAAAGUUCAGCAGAUGGCUCUAUGCUAACAGACAGGAUUGGAAUAGCUUGUUUUCAAUGUUUGACGAAAAUCAAAACGGUGUUUUGGAUGCAAAGGAGGUUGGCAAAUUAAACGCAACUGUCUUCAAUCUUUUUCCACGUUUUGGCUACAAGGGCAACGAGCCUCCAGAUGAAGAUAUGCCGCAUGGAUUUCCAAUGCAGAUAUGCUCCUGCAAGAAACUUGAGGUCUUGUACCUUAAGUGCCAAGGCAUAACACGAGUCCCUCCAGAGAUAAGACAAUUGGAGAAACUAAUUGAUCUACAGCUGUCCCACAAUCCAAACCUGAUCUCCAUUCCAGCAGAGCUCAGUGAACUGUCCCGCCUUAAAAAACUGGAAUUAGAUGACUGUCCAAUGCUAAAGACGCCACCCCGGGAGAUUCGAGACAAGGGAGUUCACUCCAUCAUGGGCUAUCUGAAAAGCUUGAUGAGUGGAGAUGUUCUUAGUAAGAGGACCAAACUCAUGCUCGUUGGACUUGGAGGGGCUGGGAAAACAAGCCUGGUGAAGGCAUUAUUGAGUGACAAUGGGAAGAUGGAGAAUGAUAAGGACCAUGACAUCACGGAUGGUAUUGACAUAAAGUCAUGGGAGGUGAAACAUGAGGACGAGACGAUCACAUACAACAUGUGGGACUUUGCUGGCCAGACAGUCUACUACAACACACAUCAGUUUUUCCUGUCCCCCAACCGUGCCAUCUACCUGCUACUUUGGAAUGUGAGGUUGGGCCACGAGCAUGCUGGCCUGGAUUUCUGGCUUAACUCCAUCUGCGUGCAGGCUCCCAAGGCCCCUGUGUUUGUGAUUGGCUCUCACAUUGACCAGGUCAGCAAGAGUGAGCUGCCCCUGGAGGAGAUGCAGCAGAAAUUUCCGCAAGUGGUUGGCUUCCAUUUUGUCAGCUCCUUCACUGGACAGGGAAUAGCAGAACUGAAGAAGCAUUUGUUUGAGGUAUCGCUGCAGCAGCCAUACAUGGGGGAACACAUUCCAUCAGUCUGGCUGGAGUUUGAAAAAAACAUUCAAUUGGUAAAGAGAAAUGCAGACAUUAUUGCGUACACAGAGAUGGAAAAGCUUGCGUACAAGUGUGGACUUUUUGAACCGUCUGAGAUAUACCAGGCAGUGCAGUUCCUCCAUGACCUUGGCGUUGUCCAGUACUUCACCAAUGAGUACCUCAAAUCCAAGGUCGUGAUUAACCCACAGUGGAUUGUUGAUGUCAUGUCGUGUGUGGUCUCAGUGAAAAGCAAUGUCAUAACAGACGGGAGGCUGAAGCAUGAUGAUGUUGGUGAAAUUUGGAGUAACUAUGGUAAAGGCCUGCACUCCUGGCUGCUCAGACUCACAGAGGAGUUUGAUUUGACCUUUGAACUCCCAGAGGAAAAGAUCAACCUCGUGCCCUGCCUUCUGCCUGAGGCUAAACCAAAGUUUGAAUGGCCGGUAGUUGAGAAAGGCUCGGACAUUAGGGAAACCAAGAUGGUGUAUACGUUUGACUACCUGCCUGUAGGGUUGUUCAACAGGGCACAGGUUCGACUCCACGGUCUGUCAGACAAGUCACUCAUCUGGAAAAAGGGGUCGUUUCUCAAGAAGAAUGUUCACCUCGCUCUCAUCCAGCAAACCAAGGACACAGAGAUGGUGGUGAUAGCCCAGGGUCCGCGACCUGACAAUAUCCAGUUCCUUGUACACGAGAUAUUCGAGGGGCUGAUCUCCGAGUCCUUCCAUGGCAUCACUUACGACUUCACCAUGCCGUGCCCGGAGUGCCAGAAAAUGGGAGUAAAGGAUGGCCACAUGUUUUCUGCUUCAACGAUCAGACGAGCCCUGGAGAUGAAAGCUCCGUUUCUGCAGUGUGUUCGCUACUUUCACACCAUAUCAUGUGUCACAUUACAAACACUGCUUCCUCCAGACAACCAGAGUGACUUUGACCUUCACCUUGUCCAGUGUGUUCAAGGUCUGCAGGAUCUCCACAAAGAGCUUACUGCUGACAUUUUCAUCUCGUUAUGUGCGAACGACUGUAACCUAAGCAACGACAUGUACAUACAACCCCCUCGUGUACUCAAUGACCUCAGGGCUAAAGGAUUCAAAUGCUUUUUUCACACCAACAACAACGGCAAGUCCACUGACGAGAUGGCCAAAGCUCUGAUUGAAUCCCGCAUAUUUCUGGCAUUUGUCUCCAUGAACUAUGCACAAGAUGAAGCCUGUGUGAACAUCUUCAAGUACGCAAGACGCUCCCUCAAUAAAACAAUUGUGAUUGUUGCCAUCGGCGAUGAUUUUGGCUUUGAGAAGACGAGGUUUGGGAUUCUUAUUCCUGAUGAGGUUUACAUCAACAUGACCAAGCCUAAGCUGACCCACUACGACACCAAGUUUGAUGAGCUUGUGAAGACAUUGAACAAGAAGAUGAACGUUCGUCUAGACGAGCUCGUCAAACCGGCCGUCUUCUUCAGCUACUCUUGGGUAAACUCCCAGCAUGCUGUCAGUCUUGGAACUAGGGAAAUCCCUGGAGCUUUGGGGGAGGAAGACCCACGGGAACUGAAAACAUACUUGGAGAGUAAUGGCAUUCCCUGCUGGAUCGAUGAGGAACAGAUUGGAAUGAAUGGUCUCAUUGAGGAUAUAGCGGAGGGCCUACUGUGUGCCAAGGUGGUGGUCGUCUGUGUGUCUGACGAGUAUGCCAAGUCUCCAACAUGUCAAAUUGAAUUCAGAUAUGCAGUGAGCAAGUUGAAACUUCCCCCUAUAUUUGCUGUAGUCGGUAGUGGGGACAGCUGGAGAGAAACAGAGAUAGGGUAUGUGUCCGUGCAGCACCCUGUGGUCUACCUUCAAGAGCACACGAAGAACUCGAGGAAAAAACUGCUCAAGCUAGUCCGUGAAAAGUUGGCGAGUUCAGAAGGGACCCAAGAUAGAGCGGAGGUCCAAAAGGCAGUCCAAGAAACAAACAAGAACCUCUCCUACCUGGAGUUGUUUGAACUGGCACAGCGAAAGCUGUCAAGGCAGCUGAUGAUGUUUGCAGAAAACCAGGACCUGGACAUCUACCCGCGUCUGUUUGUAGUUGACUUUGUCAAAGAACAAAUGGAUGCCGAAACAGAUGAAGAGUCCAUAGAGGAAAAGUUUGAGAAGGAAGACAUUGCUGAGAAGAAGAAGCUGGGGAGGCCGAUGCUGAAGAGACAGAUGUCCAGAAAGUCCACGAACAUGAUACCGCUGUACAAACUACAGAAGUUCUGCGUAUACACUCUUUGUGAACAUGAUGAGGGUUGGCACAGUGUAGCAGAACCAAUUGAGCUGCCGGCCAGUUUUGGUGUGGAAAGCCUGGAGGGAUUCGGGCCGUAUCUGGCCCGCAUUACGACUGUGAUGAAGUUCAACAAGCGACUGCCCCUGAACUGUCUGGCCGAGGGCAUUGGGGAGGGAUACAUUGAGUGGCUGGAGAGGAGUCCUGAAGCAAAUCUGUCGGACUACCAGAAUGUGUACCACACGUUCCGAGAAAUGGUCAGCAGCCUGGACGAGGAUAAGAAAAUGGGUGGCCUGCAGAGAUGUCAUCUAGCCAGUGGUAAAACCAUUUGGCUGUGUGAAGACCAUCGCAAAUCCAUGAAAGUGACGUUACUCAGUAAUGACGAUCAUGCAGGAAGCAGCUUAGCAAAGGAGAAAGAUGACAAGGCCACAGAAAUGAUGAUGUCAAUGCUAAGGACGAUGGACUACUCCGCAUUCAAGGGUGAAUUCAAAUCAAAUGGAAAUGCUACAAGGCCGAGAAGUGAAAUGUUAAAGUUUUCCAAGGGAACAAAAUAUACCAAUCAGGAAGAGUCAAAAAAAAACAAGGUUGACAACAUUAAAGUUGAGGAGCAAAGUCAUCAACAGAAUCGUCGCCGCCCCCGUGGCAAGAAAUCCAAAGGUGCUGAUGAAGAUGUUACUGACAGUGCUCCUAAAGGAACUGCUGAGGAACAGAACAACUCUGAAGCUGCUGACAAAAAGAAGAGAAAAGCAAAUAAAAAUAAAGGUGGAAAAUCACUUAGAUUUGUUGAGGAAGUAGUCGAUAUAGGCAAAUCCUUAAAUGAAAAGAAAGGUGGAAAAUCAACUGAAGAUGUGGUUGAUAUUGGAAAAUCUACUCUGUUUGACGAAGAAAUGGACAAGGAUGACGGAAUAAGCGAAGAAGAUUCUGAUGAGAUGGAAUCCGAACCGGAAUCUGUCAAGUCUGAAGUUAAGAGUGAGGCAGAAUCGGUUAAAGCUGAAGGUCCAGUGGUUCGACCGCCUGCAACAAGGCGAGAAAAUAGCCGCCCUCUACCAGGGCAGUCUAAAUAUAAAAUACCAGGGUACAAGAAUACUAGCAGGGCUUGCGAAAUCUCAUAAUCGAUGUGGACUUAUGAUUGAUAGUUACAUUUAAUCUGUUUUAGGAGGAUACAAAGUAAAUGUAACUUGUGCUUUGAUUGUUUUGAGUUUUAUAGAAUUCCAAUUAAUCAGUUUAAACAAAAAUACUAAUAAAAAUAUGUAGCUUAAAUAGAUAACAUGAUAUUUAUGGUAGUAUAUGAUUAAAAGCCUUUUGGGGUUUCUGGUUUAAUUAUUCAUUAAUUCAUUUUUUUAAUUGUUUCAAAAAUGUACUGGUUUGCUAAAAAUAUUUGAGAAAAAAACCAAAUAGAUUAUAAUAGAACAGUUACAAUAAAUUGUUAAAAAUAGAGUAAUGCAUAGAAUUCCGCUAAGAGAAUUGUAUGGCUUAAUCUACAUUUAUACUGUAGCAGACUGAGUGAAUUUUAACAUUGUUAUACUUAGUAAUGUAUGUACAUUUGUUAUAGGUUUUUAUGUUUCAUUUACUUAAGCCAAUUUAGACACUUAACUCUGCAAUAUGUUAAAGACAUGUUGUCAGAUAUAAUGUUUGCUCGGGGAUUUAUACCUUUAUAAAAUUUGUUUAAGAUGUUGUGCUUUAUGUCUCUACAAUAUGCAUAAUCAUGCAUAAUUUGAUAUUUAGGUGUUUUGAAUUUGUACUAUAUACAAGCUGAUAUUUUAUUGGUCUUAAACAUUCUUUUCAUAUAACUUUUUUCUGUUCUUUUAUAUAUAUAUAUUUAAAUUUAUUAUUUAUCGUAAAUUCUUCAUUCAUAUACUUUUUGGAAUUUUAAAACCAGUUUGUAACUUGGUGAGUUUCUGUCUUUUUGUUUUGUUAACUGUCUCACGAGGCUAAGCCAAUCAUUUGUUAAUUCUAUCUCUAGCUUCAGGUUACAGUUUCAAAACCUACAUGUACCUACCAGCUAGAAAUAACAAACUAUGUGCCAUAGAGUAAACAAAUCUUAUUCUCUUUUCAACAAUUGCCCUUCAUAGCAGAGUUGACCGGUGAAAAUAAUGAAGAAAGCAGCCUAUACAUUCGAAACAUUGUACUUCUCCCUGCAUGUCAUACAUUCUUUUUUUAACUUGAUAAAAGAUACAUUAUACAUUGUGCAUUAAGGGACUCUUUAAUUUGAAGUGUAUUAAGAGUAAAGUUCAAUGAUUACUUAAAGUUGUAUCGAAUUGAACAAUGAUGAUAAAUGAGGAAUAUAUAUUGCUAGCGUAAAGUCCAUGUUGCAUGAGACCCAGGGUCGAAUACAAUGUAUCUUUACACAAGCAAAGAGAAGUUAUACGAUCAAACCAAUCAACCGUAUAGCCUAAAAGUAUUUCUUAAAAAAAGAAUUAUAAUACCAGUAGUUUUAAAUUUGACAACAAACAUUCUAUUUGUUUCAUGAAGUAUUUCGAAAGUUGAUUGGCACAUGUAAUACAGAAUCAGAAAACGCAAUGUGUAAUACAGAUCUUUUUUCAGGUUUUCUUACUUGAAUUCAGGUUUAAAUUAUGCCAUUGUCUUAGUAGGAAAUUCAACAGGUAUAAAAUAUUUCAUGUAAUCCUACUGUAUUUUGUGUUGCAUUUCCUGUGAUAAAUUUUUUUACCGUGUUUUUCAUUUUCGAGAUUUCUUGAACAUGCAGUCUGUGAUUUAUAACUUAUUUAUAUUAUUCUUUAAUACACCUUUAUUUAUACAUACAUUCUAUACAAAUAUAUACAUGUGUGAUACUAAAGGCAUUGCUCAUUGUUUAUAAUAUUGAUACUUGAAAACAUUAUACAUUCUUUAUACAUUUCAAUUAUACUCGGCUUCUGUAGUAAGAAUACAUACUGUUGAUGCAUAUUUUAUUUACACAUUCCGUCCAAUAAAGUAGAUCUAUUGUAUGUUUGCUUGUUUCUAGUUUGUUUUUUCCAACAUUAUAUAUGGACUUGGUCCAUAUUCACCGUCAUUAUCUCAUUCAAAUAUAGUGCUUAAUUUCUGGUAGCAGAGCUGAUAGUGUACAACAAAAGAAAAUGAACAUUUUUAUAUUUCCGAUAAUUUUUAUUCUGGGAUGUUUUUUUCCUAUGAGGAGCAUUUUCUAUAUUUACUGUUACCGGGAUUUUUGUCUAAGACUAGCUAAUCGUACUUUAUAAUUAUUUUGCCCAUUUUCUUUUUUUCAGAAAAAUGUAUUAUUUCGGUUAAUAAAUGAGUUUAUUGAUUUUUUUAUGAUGAAAAUGAGACAUUUCGAUAUAAAAUUGCGAAAAGGAAAAAGGCAAUCUAAUACUCAAAAGUAAGAAGGGAACCUUUUAUCAGACUGUCUUUAAACUGGGCAUUUGUACUUUUUAUCUUUUAGUUUUGCAUUGUUUGACAAAUUUAAAAUUAAAUUUUGUCCAAUGAAAAUUAAGUCUGUUAAGAGCUAUUUCAUCCAUGAUUAAAGAAUAAAAUAUCCAUGACAAUGAACAAAAAUACCACAUUUAAAUGUUUCAUUUGAAUCAUUUACCAACGAUUAAAAACAUGGAGAAAAUCAAAAUGUAUACUUUCUUUGGUGUCUGAGAGUAUAAUGUAAUGUUUUAAAUAUUAAGUUAUACUGUUGUUUACAUCUUUUUGUUAGUAUAAAAUGAUCAUGGGCGAUUCUCGAUAAUGCCAUUUCACGAAGUUCGAGCAUAUUAGUUUAUUUGCUAUCCAAAUGCUUCUUGUCCAGUGUUGAAUAACCAUCGUCUUGGUG